AUGAUAUGGGAGCUUGGUACAUUGAAUCUUGGGCCAGUGAAAGCCUUCAAUAUAAUGAGACAAAGAUACGGAGGUUUUGAAAAUGUUGGCGCAACAAAAGACGACUGCAAGAAUUUUAGAGCUAGGAUACAUAGCUAUAUAGGAGAGUAUGAUGCAGAUAUGGUUAUCAAUAGGUUGACCGAUAAAAAGCAGUUUCUGGUUGAUUAUUCAUUUGUUCAUUCAGUCGAUGAAAACAAACGAUUAACUGGCUUGUUCUGGGCUGAUGGUUUGUGCAAACAUAACUAUGCUGAGUUUGGAGAUGUCAUAUCGUUUGAUGCUACAUUCAAAACCAACAAGUAUAAAAUGGUUUUUGUACCCUUUACUGGUAUUGAUAACCACUGUCGGAAUGUGACGCUUGGAGCCGGGUUGCUAGCAUCCGAAAGCAUUGAAUCAUGCAAAUGGUUGUUACAAUCAUUUUUGGACUCAUUUGGUAAGCAGCCGAAGGUGGUCGUUACUGAUCAGGACCCCGCGAUGAAACAAUCUAUCGAAGCAGUGUUCGAUAAGAGUAGGCACAGAUUAUGUAUGUGGCACAUAAUGAAGAAAGUUGCCGAUAAGGUGGGACAUGAGUUGUGUAACAACGAAGACUUCAAAAGACGUAUGUGUGACAUUGUAUGGACUGAUUCGAUUGCGCCAGAAACGUUCGAGAGAGAAUGGAAACUGAUAAUGAUUGAAUUCGGUCUAACCGAGAAUAAAUGGAUUGACGAUAUGUUUGGCAUAAGAUCUUCGUGGAUUCCAGCUUUCUAUCAUCAUGAGCCUAUGUCUGGGCUCAUGCGGACCACCUCCAGAUCAGAGAGCGAAAACCAUUUUUUCUGUUAG